AUGACAGGUGAGUUUGCUGAGUACCUGAAUUUUUGUCGCAGCCUUAAUUUCGAUGACCGGCCUGAUUACGCUUAUUUGCGACACACAUUUCGCAGUCUCUUUAAUCGCGAGGGUUUCAUAUAUGAUUGCGUUUUUGACUGGAAUCUGCUCAAAUUCACGGGAUCACCUGCGGUGGCUGCUGCUGCGGCUGUGGCUGCCGUCUCAGCCUCAGCGAUUCAAUCACAACACCAACAACAAUCACAACAGCAUAAUCAGCACCCUCCUCAACAAUCACCGACAGUUGCCAUAGCGACUCAAGGAUCAAGCCAAGUUCCGAUUAGCACAAGCCAAGGUCAUCAUGUAAUAGCCCCCUUGAUUUCCACAAACAAUUGUUCUGAUAUUGGCUUGCCUCCUCUUCAACAACAACACCAGCAUAGUGGCGGUCCAAGCUCUCGGUCAUAUAAUCAAUAUGCAUCUGAAGGAGUGGCUGACAGUGUGACUCGAGGAUUAUCUGGGCGACGUCGAGUCGCGAGUGCCCGAGCUGAGGCAAUUCAGUCUGCCUCUCCUAGUCAGGUUCCUCAGUCCCACCAACAUCAGCUACUUUCUCAGAUUCAGCCAACUCCUCUGCAACAGCUACCUUGCGGCGGCACUAGUAGUGGCCAUAUUUCUUACUCCCAAAAUAUUGGUUUAGGCAUGCUACCUGCUCAACCGACUUGCUCUGCUCCUCCGGGGCAUCCUCUCACCUCAUCGGGAGUGUCUCUUGGACAUCUUAGCCACCCAGUACUACCGCCAGCCCCUCUGCCUUCCGUUCUUCAACCUGUCUCUGCUGCCUCCCACCAACCCGGCAUUGGUGGUAUGAUGCUGCAGUACUCAACACCGAUUCACAGUCAUCAUCACUCUCAUCAGCCAGGUCAGCAGUCUCAGCAACAACCGUCAUCGAUAACUGCUGCUGUUGUCUCAGCUAAUGCAGCAGUCCGCCAGUCAGCAACACCGCAGCCCGGGUUAAUUGUUGGGCCUGGUGGCUACAUGGCUGGGGCGUUACAAUCAGUUGUUUCUCGAACUCUUGGAGCGCCCGUACCUGGCCCAUCAAUUGGUGGCGUGUAUCUGGCCUCUGGUCAAUCUUCGGCCACUGCAACCAGUUCUGCGGCUGGAUACACACCGCCUAUGAUCACGUCUGAAACUGCCUUCUACCAACAGCAACAACUUCCACAGCACGCCCUUCAGAUGCAGUCACAACCUCUUCAACCACCCAUCCCAUCCUUGCACCAACGUCAAACUCUACACCUGCAUUCGAACCAGCUUACUGCCCUUGCACCUCAAUCUGCAGCAACACUUUCCUGCCAUCCAGUCGGUGGUCAUAUACUUGAUCCAAUUUCCUCGAGUCAUCAAGUCAACAGCCAUCACCAUCAGCCACACCAACCAUUCAGACCUGGCUCUCAACACACUGGAUUUUCACCGACAGGAGCCGCUAGCUCGCCGCCCAUCCCACUGGUGUCAGCGCCACAUAUUUCGGCUCAAAGCCACUCUCUAGGGACCACCCAUGCAGUCCCAGCCACAGCCCCUGCACCAUCUUCAGGACUGCCAUCAUCACAGGGCCAGCAAACUCAAGUCGUCUUGUCUGCAGGCUAUGCUUUGAUGUCUGCUCCUAGUGUGCCACACUAUCUUUCUUCACAGAGCCAAAUGGCUGGGGUGCAUAUUCAUCCUGCUGACUCACAUCAGCACCAGCAUCUGCUUUCCCAUCAACACCAGCAUCAGAAGCUUCACCAAGCGCAUUUGCACCAACAACAUCACUAUCAGCAGCAGAUGCAGCAGACACAGCCACAGUAA